AUGGCUUUCUCUUCCGGAACAACUUUUUCCCGUCUCGUUGUACCUAUUCUCCUUGCAGUUGGCUGGAUCGUGGGUUGUGCCCUAAUGGUUUACAUCGUCUUCUCCUGA